UCAGUUUUGUUUCAUUUAUCUUUUUUUUUGGUUUUGUUUUGUGCGAAAUUGAAAAAAUUUGCAUGUUUAAAAUUUGUGAUUUUUAUUUUAGAACUCUACAAAUUAACCGGAGAAGUUCUUGGCGAAGGCGCGUACGCUUCUGUCCAAGCUUGUACCUCAUUGUAUACUGAUCUGGAAUAUGCUGUCAAAAUCAUCGACAAAAUUCCAGGCCAUGCACGAACAAGGGUGUUUAAGGAAGUGGAGACAUUUCACCAUUGCCAGGGACAUCCUAAUAUUAUUCAGCUCAUUGAAUUUUUCGAAGAUGAUGACAAAUUUUAUCUUGUCUUUGAAAAAAUUAACGGUGGCCAGCUAUUGCGCAGAAUUCAAGAGAAAAAUCAUUUUAGCGAGAGGGAGGCAAGUCAAAUCAUCAAAGAAAUUGCCAGUGCACUCAAUUUCCUUCAUAAAAAAGGAAUUGCUCACAGGGAUCUGAAGCCAGAGAAUAUAUUGUGUGUCCAUCCUGAUAAAUUAACACCAAUAAAGGUGUGUGAUUUUGAUCUUGGUUCUGGAAUAAAAUUCAAUAAUUCACUAUCAAGUCCAGUAGCAACGCCACAAUUGUUGACACCAGUUGGUAGUGCAGAAUUUAUGGCACCAGAAGUAGUUGAAGCUUUUAUCGGCGAGGCAAAUUAUUACGAUAAAAGAUGUGAUCUUUGGAGUUUGGGUGUUAUUAUGUACAUUCUACUGUGUGGCUAUCCUCCGUUUUAUGGAAAUUGCGGCACAGAUUGUGGCUGGGAAAGGGGAGAGAAUUGCCGUGCCUGUCAACAAAUGCUAUUCACAAGCAUUCAAGAAGGGAGAUACGAAUUUCCUGACAGUGAAUGGACAACUAUUUCUGAAGACGCAAAGGACCUCAUUAGGGGUUUGCUCGUUAAAAACGCGCAUCAGAGACUUAGUGCGGAGUGUGUUCUCAAACAUUCUUGGAUUACACCUGGACCCUGUUCCAUCGAGGGUGGAAACAGACCAUUGAUUACUCCGCAUAUAAUAAGAAGGAAUAAUUCUGCUCGUGAACUGUCAGCCUUUGCGGAAUCAGCGAUGGCAGUGAAUCGUGUCGUCUUUCAACAUUUCUCUGUGAAUUUGGAGGAACUUUUAGAGAACAGAGAACCACGAUUAUCAACAUCAUCAACUGACGACGAUAAUCAUCCCUACGGUCACAUGUCUGAUUCAAGCAGUGAAUUAUCAGAGCACAGCAAAAAUGGCGCGACACAUUCAUCAUGUGAGUUUGAAUCAAAUUCGCGCCACAGAUCAUCAUCGGUGCGUUCUAGUAUCGAUCUUAGUGAUUCGAAGAUCAUCGGUAAAAAUCGAUUGAUCGAGAAGGAUCCAUUAAAAAAUUUGUUCGGUUUAUCACCACCUAGUGAGAGUCUCCUGAUGCAGAGACGUUUAAAAGCUCGUUCAACUUUACUUGAACGUCAAAAUACGCCGAUUGUUGCAUCACCAAGUGGCUAAAAGAAAAAAAGAAAAGAAAAACGAAUAUAUUUUCUGAAAAAUAUUUUCUUUCUCGCUGCAGUAAUUCGUCUUUAUAAAGAAAAAUAAUUCCACUUUUAAAAAUGCCACCGACAAAAAACCGUUUUUUGUGAAAUAUAGAAAACAAAAAAAAAUCGGACAUGAAUUUUUAUUGUUUUGUGUCCGAUUUUUAUAUUGACUGCAACGAAAACGACGUUACCGACGAUAUUUACUGGAUUCAGUAAUGUCGAUCACUAUCAAAUAGUUACUAUAUUCAGUUUCAUUUAGACAGUUAUGUUUACUCUUUACCGUUAAAAAAAAAUAGAUUUUUGUCUUUAUUCGGGUUGAUUUCUUUUUUUCAAACAGUGUUACAUCUUUUUAAACGUUUCUUUUUUAAGACAUACGUGAUGAUGUCUCUGCUCUUUCCCCCUCCACCUGACUGGUAGUUAUAAUACUAAUAAUUAAUAUUAAUCAUUCAUAAUAAUAGAAAGUACAUAGAUUAUACAGUCUCUCAAUUUUUUUUUUAAUUUUAAUAAGUUUGUGAAUUGGAAAAUGCAGAGAUGAUUCACGUAAAAAAAUUCUGUUUAUUCAGACACGCACAGUUAUUAAAAAAAGGAAUGAAAGUAAACGUAUUUUUGAUUAUUAUUAUUAUUACUAUUAUUAUUAAACGUUAACGUUGACAGUGAAGUUUGAACUAACUUACUUUUUUUUUUGACAACUUGAACCAAGAUAUAACAUACAUGUAUAGUACACGUAACUCGGUUUUUGUUUUUUUUGGGAAGGAGCUUCUUUCCUUCUUGUGGUAAUAUUGUGCGUAGUGUUUACACACGAAUUGGUAAAGUUGCCGAAAAUUUUGAGAAAAUUAAAAAUAUUUGAGAAAAAAAAAACGAGCACGAUGAUACAAUUGCGCUUAUGAGUGCAAACAUCGGAACUCGAUUUAAAUUGUAUAACGUUCGUCCCCGAAGGUUUUUUAAAAAGACAGAAAACAAAUUGUGAUAGAAUAUUUUGCAUCCCCUUGUGUGCGGUGCGCAUAGUUUGCUCAGUAAGUGUUUAAGAACUUUGUAAUAACAAUCGCUUGGAGAAGCAAAAAAAAAGAGAAAAAUAUUUUUUAAAAAUAACAGGGGGAUUGAAAGUCGGUGGGGACGAACGAAAAAAAAAUCAUUUAUAGUUGUUUCAACAACUCUUUUUAAAAAGUAUAGUGAAAAAAAACAUUCGCAUCGUGUGAAAUCCUUUAAUUAUAUUAAACAUUAAAUUUGUACCUGUAUCGAAAGCGAGGAGAGAAACAACAUUAGAUUAGAUUUAUAUACAUAUUUAGUCGGGAGGAACAAAAAGCAAAGUAAAUAAUUCGCAGACUUGAAAAAAAAAUCAAAUUAAAAUUUCUCAUAUAUGAUUUAUUGUUAAUCUUUAUUUUUGAACUAUUUACAUUUUUCCCAUAGCAAUUUUUUCUGAAUUUCUGCAAAAAAAUACUUUGUUUAUGUUCCUUGAUGAAAUGCGAAAAUAAAAAAAAAAAUUUUGAUCGAAAUAUAAAAAAAGAUUGGCGCGUGAUUUUUCAUCGAAACUUUCACGUUUUUACACUUCCUUGGUAAGAGCCCAAUUUUUCUUCUAUUUCCUUUUUGAAAGAUAGCAUAUUAGCAUUGCUGUCUCUUCCGUUGUAAGUUUUUCUUUUUUUUUAACUUGGGUCCGCUCUUACAAAAAAAAAAUAUUUGUUGCGGCCUUGGGAGUUGUUUCACUCAGGGCAGAAAGAAUAAGCUGCGCCAAUUUCUAAUCUGCUUUUGUCCUGUUUAAAGAGUCAAAAGAGAAAAGAAAAAAAAGCAAACAGGAAACAAAUAUACAUCUUUUUACGUGAGAUUUUCUCGUGUUUAUAUAAAAAUUCUUUGAGAUUUUCUUCCCUUGAAGAAGAAUAAACGCGAGGAAUCUUAACGAAUUUGUAGGCGUUAGGCGUGUCCAAAACGUAGCUUUGGAGUCAGUCGUUGAAUUGAGAUUAGGCUUUUCUCAUUGAUAUAUACAUUCGAACGUAGUGGAAUGUUAGUAACGCAUUUUAUGAAUUAGAAUUACACUCGAAUUGUGUCUAGACAUUGGCGUUUUUUUUUCUCAAGUUUUAAUUAAAAAAAAAUGUUUUUACAGUGAAAAAGAAAAAUAGAAAAGAUUUUAAAAAAAAGAAACGCUCAUAUCCAGACACUAAUUCAGAGAAGAUAAGUGCAUUUUUUUUGACAAUUCAACGACUAACUUUGGUUACGCUUGUAAACUUCGUGUAUAUAAAGAAAAAAAAUCCUUACGACAUAUUAUAUUAAGCGAGAAAAGCAAUGUCUAAAGUUGAAAGAAUGAGAAGUUACAAAAAAAAACAAAGCCAUAUUUAGCGCUCCUCGAAAUUUUAAAAAUCCGUUUAUAACGAUCGUUUUUCAGCGAAAAAUCGAUAUUUAAAUAUACACUCUCGAAUGAAAAUCGUUAUUUUCCUCCAUUCGCAGGUUCGAAAAUACAAAAAAAAAAUUUACGAUAAUAUUAUCGAGAGUGUACUCAACUUUCAAUAAAACGAUCGUUUAUUAUUUUUUUUUUUUUUAAAUGAUGAAUGUGAGAUUAUGAACGAAGUGUUUGCGAUUAUAUAUAUUAUAUGAAAAUGAAAAGAAGGCAAAGAGUAUAAAAAAAAUGGCCAUAAAUAUCACCUUGUUAGCGGGUUUAUCCGCGAGUGAUUGGUGCGAGAGUUAUAAAAGAAUGAUUGUGAAUCGCGUGUAAGAUGAUAGAAGAGUACUAAAAAAAUAAUUAUUAGCUUCUAAGAAAAAGAAGAAAAAAAAAGUCCUUUUUAUAGAUUAAGCUACCGCUCGUUGAAUUAUAAAAGAAAUCAAUAACAAGAAUUCGACCAUGAAAAAUUAUUUAAUAGUUUAAAAAAAAUAUCUUUUCAUUCUCGCAUCUGAAAAUAAGUAUUUUGUUACAUAUUUUUUAGUUAUAAAAUCAUGAAUGAACAAUAUAAACUAUUUAUUUUCUCCAGUAUAUAAUUAUCAUCAUGGUCGAUUCUUUAAAUGUCAUUGUCAUCGAUAGUUUUUACAAUGAUUAAUAAGAAAAACAGUUUUUGACUAUAGACAGAGCGGUAAAUUAUACACGUACACAUAUAACAUUCUUUCUCUCUUUAUUUUGUGCAUUACUUUUUCAGAGUGUGUAUGAGAGUAUAUUGCGUGUUUGCGAAAGGGAUUCAGAAAUAUAAAAAGAGAAAAAACAAAAAAAAAAAAGCGAAUGAAUUAUUUGCGUCUGUAAAAGUUAUACACUAAGAGAGAAGAGUGAGAUUUUCGUUACUUUUUUAAAGAGCGAGAGAGGAGAAGAGAAUUGAGAAAAGUGAAGGUGAUAAAGACGAAAAAAAUGACAAAAAAAGAAAAAAAAAUUAAUAAAAAAAAGUCAUACGAAUCAUCUUUUAA